GCAAGUUUCGAAUUCAGUUGCACAGAGUACGUCGUUGCGUGCGGUUAGUGUUUCCCAGAGCUUGAGCUAAGUUGAUCGUUUCAAAUUACCAGACGGCCAAAAAAUCUAGUGGAAAAUGAGCUCAUCGCAGUAUUAUCCAUUCCAAUGCACACCGACCGUCUACCCGGCGGAUCCGUUCGAUGCCAACGAGGAUGCGGCCACGCUCCGUACCGCCAUGAAGGGCUUCGGCACGGACGAGAAGGCCAUCAUCGAGGUGCUGGCCCGCCGCGGUAUCGUCCAGCGGCUGGAGAUUGCGCAGGCCUUCAAGACCUCGUUCGGUAAGGAUCUGAUCAGCGACCUGAAGUCGGAGCUGGGCGGCAAGUUUGAGGACGUCAUCCUGGCGCUGAUGACGCCACUGCCGCAGUUCUACGCCAAGGAGCUGCACGAUGCCGUCUCGGGCAUAGGCACCGACGAGGAGGCGAUCAUCGAGAUCCUGUGCACGCUGUCGAACUACGGCAUCCGCACGAUCGCCGAGUUCUACGAGCAGAUGUAUGGCGUUUCGCUCGAGUCGGACCUGAAGGGUGACACUAGCGGUGCCUUCAAGCGUCUCUGCGUAUCUCUUGUGCAGGGCAACCGUGACGAGAACAAUGGCGUUGAUGAGGGUGCCGCCGCAACCGACGCCCAGGCACUGUACGAAGCCGGAGAGGGCCAGUGGGGCACGGAUGAGUCGGUGUUCAACCAGAUUCUGGUGACCCGCUCGUACCAGCAGCUCCGCGCCAUCUUCGACAUCUACGAGAAUCUCGCCGGCAGCUCGAUCGAGGAUGCUGUCAAGCGUGAAUUUAGCGGCGCCAUCGAGGAGGGUUUCAAGGCCAUCGUUCGCUGCGUCCGAUCGAAGGUUCAGUACUUCGCCAAACGUCUGCACAACUCGAUGGCCGGACUGGGUACCAACGACAAGACGCUCAUUCGCAUCAUCGUAAGCCGAUCGGAGAUUGAUCUCGGAGACAUCAAGGAAGCUUUCGAGGAGAUGUACGGCAAGUCUCUCGAGUCGUGGAUUAAGGGUGACACAUCGGGCGAUUACAAACGUGCUCUGCUGGCAAUUUCGGGCUACCGAUAAGCGCCAGGAAAAGCUAUAUGUAUAGGCAGAACAGAAAGACCCAAGCGAGAAGAAAAUGAAUGUCGUCAAUGAAUGUGGAAAAAGAAUUAGUUUUGUUGAUCUAGCAAGUUUUUACAAGGUCUUUUUUCCUUCUCACACCAUCGAUUCUACCGAUGAUGCACAACUAUUACCAACCUCAGAGAGUUCAAAUGGCGGAGAAAACUCAAUCGUAAUUUUAAACACUGCAAAAUAACAACAAAUGUUGCCUUAUCUCAUAUAUAUGCUUAGGAUAAACAUAAAUAAUCUCUUAUUAAAUGUUACUCCACCGAAAAGGAAGGUUUUCUAGGAAACCCGUUCUGGAGAUCAUACACUUUUAAACCACCGUUAAAAUCCAUAACAGCGAACUUGGUCGACAGAAACCCGGUCCUAUCAUGAAAUAUGCAGACAAAAUUCAAUGCUCUUUACAUAAUUUAGCUUGCCGUAAAUUUCUUACACUCGUAGCAGUGGAACUGACGAGCUCAGGGCAUAAAUAGCACCAGCUGUUGUAAUCGUAGCGAUAAGUUUUUUUUUGUUCGCCUCUUCUCAUAGAUGUGUCACAAGCCUAUAUUUUACAAGCCGUAAUAAAACAUGCAAACUCUCAGUAGAA